CCAUAUCACACCUCAGUCCAAGUCACAUCCAGCAACUCGUCUUGAACCAACGCCCAGCGACUGCCCUCGCAUCUUGCCUAUCGCAAUCUCUACCCCCAGAUCACACUACUCUACACCACAUACAUGAUCUCAUAAAGUCGCCACAAAACACCUGCACGAUCCGAGCCACAACCAUGUCCGAGGCGUACGAGCGCGAGCGCCAGAAUAACUCCGCCCUCGAUGAGCUUUCCAACAAAGUGUCCGCGCUGCGCGGCGUAACGAUCGAUAUCUACGACCAAGCGCGCGACCAGAGGGUCAUUGAGAACACCUCUGAGACAUUUUCAAACUUCUCCACCUCGCUCAAGACUUCCGCCGUACGUAUGGGUCGUAUGGCACAGUCAGGAAACAAAGUCGCCAUCUUUAAGCUUGCGGGCAUUAUUUCGGUCGUGGUGAUAUUGCUAUGGUGGAUAUGGGGCUUUUUUACGGGCUAGGGGGCACAUAAGAGGAAGGGGAGCCGUGCUGGAUCAACAGUGGGUUAAGUGUGCCAAUAUCCUAGGUUUCGAGUAUGUUGGCGCGCUCUCUGAUUUAGGAGUUCACGGUGGGAGCGUGCUGCGAGCGUUCUACUUGAACAUUGAUAUGUCGACUAUAUAUUUAUACAGCGACCCUGGCAAGUAUCCUUGCAACUUAAUGUUCAAAUGUCAUAAUGG